AAGCAAGUAAGCUUCAAAAAUGGGGGAAGAAGAAGAGAACCCUAAUUCGAUCGAUAUACUUCCCGAUUUACUGGAAGAAGUUUUCCUUCGAUUGCCCACCAAAUCGAUCCUCAAAUGCAGAACCGUCUCAAAACAAUGGAGAUCAAUCCUCGAAUCGAGGAGGUUCGCGGAGAGGCAUAUGAGUCUUCAAAAGAGCCGCCGGAAAAUUCUAGCUGCUUACAACUGCGACUGCGGCGGACGGAGGAGGCUCCUACCCGAGUCACGGUUUGAAGGGGAUGAAGAGAUUGUCUAUCUGCACUGUGACGCCUCACGACCUUCGAUGACUUGCCAAGGUUUGGUCUGCUUCCCCGAGCAAGAUUGGAUCAUCGUUUUGAACCCUUCGACCAGACAACUCCGGCGGUUCUCUUCCGGCUUGAACGAUAACUUCAGAUUUGGAAUUGGAUUCUGGAAGACUUUCUCUCCGCUAAAGUGGGCAAUGGGAUUUGGUAGAGAGAAAGUUAAUGGGAGGUAUAAAGUGGUGAGGAUGUCUUUUUCUUUCCGGAGAGUUAGGCAAGAGGAACCUGUGGUGGAAUGUGGUGUUCUUGAUGUCCAUAUUGGUGAAUGGCGGAAACUGAGUCCACCUCCUUACAAGGUCGAUGUGGGAAGAAGAUCGGCUUGUGUGAAUGGGUCUAUCUACUGGUUACACAUUGAGAGGUUGCACAUUGAGAAGGGUUUCAAAAUACUAGCCUUGGAUCUUCACAAAGAAGAGUUCCAUGAUGUCUCAGUUCCGGCUAUGUGGCUCACGAGGCUAACUCAGUUAGUGAACCUUGAAGGCCGUCUAGCCAUAGCCAAAACGACAGUUGGGCCUGGAUGGAUACUAGAGAUAUGGAGCAUGGAUACAGAAGAUAAGAGAUGGAGCAAGACUUACUCCAUAAAUUUAGGUCAUAGAGUUGUUUCCCCUAGCAGGUGGAAAAGGUUGUUCACCCCGGUAGCGGUUUCUAAGCAAGGGAAUCUUGUCUUCAAAGACAAUCAAAAAAGGCUAUUCAAAUAUUAUCCAGGGACAGAUGAGAUCAGUUGUCUCUCCUUAGACACUUGUGUUAUAUCUCCCUACUUGGAAAAUUUGGUCACGCUUCCUAUAAAACCAAGCCAUGCGCAUCCUCAUCCUCCAAAUUCGGAUUUUAAAAUGAGGUUAUCGAGAUGCCGCUUGGUUCUGGACCAUCUAGAGGAAAAUGAGGAGGAUGAGACUCUUUACCAAAGAGUUCUCAGAAUUGGCAGAGGUCUUGCUAUGGCAAUGUGGGAGAAAAAAGAUAGACUUGCUUUGGUGGUUCUUCUUGGAGGCUCUCUUCGAAACCUUGACGUUGUAUGGGGGGUGACUUACAAAUACAACAUAUUCCGUAGGUAAGUGAAAUACUAUGAUUCAAAUCUUACAAUACAUAUUGAAGCAUACAUUGCUAUUUUAGAUGGUUAUGCGGUUAUCUAGAAUUUGAUAUUGGAUAUACAUAAGGUUUGGUUAAUCAAAGUAUAUUACUGGU